GCGCCGUAUAUCGAAUUAAUUUCGCUUGGCAUAGGGGGAAAUAUUUUGACAGAUAGUACUCGAUCCUUUGGAAAUAUUCUAAUAUAAGAACCUAAAAAAAAAUGAAGCUUUUGACUAUACUUUGUGUGUUGGUCGUUGCAUCGGUGCCCACAAUCAUGGCAGGAGGAGGUGAAAAUAAUAGUAAAAACAAACACAAAAAGAAAUCAAAGUUUUUUGGACUCUUUACUAGAGGCAGUACCAGCAAAAGUGUAGCGCUUCCCGAUGUAUGUCCAGAGCCUGCAUUUUAUCAGAAAAUAAAGUUGCCUCAUGUCUUCGCAUCCCCUACAGAGCUGGAAAUAGCCGAAGGAAUAACACAAUGUUUUCUGAAUUUUGUGAAAUCAUGCUCUGCUAAGCCUGAUAUAGCUUUCUUAGAGCUCAGAGGAGCUGCUCAGGAGAAUAAAAGUAUUGUAUUGAACAGAGGAUUAUUGCCUGGUGAAUUCGAUGAUCUAAAUAACAUUUGCAACGAAAUAAAUGCACUUGGAGAAUCGUUUGAAAGAGCCCAUAACACCAAACAAGGCUAUCAAGAUUUUGAAAACGAUAAUUUGAGAAUUCGAAGUUUUGUACGAACGUUGAAAAAUCUCUACGAUCAGUCGUCCACUGAUCCUGCGAAACAAAAAAGUAUAAGUCUAGUUUGUUAUGACCUGCACACACUUAUGAUUUAUAUGAAGGCACUUUUUAAAGAACCACCAAAAAGCAUGCAUAACUACUCAUCGAGUUCUUAAUGCCAGUGAAAAUUUGAACCUUAGUUCAUAAUCCUUAAGUAAAUUAAUUUCAAUAGAUCCGUGUUGAUGUAAUGAAUAUGAUUUAUAUCUUGGGAAGCUGAAUAAAUACUAUGGAAAUAAAAACAAUGCUAUUUUCAAAACUAAAAA